AUGACCCACCAAGACGCACCCGCUAACUUACCAGAAGCGGAAGAAGAUACCGCCUCUGCUCCCAUGGCGGAGGUGUACAAUACUGACCGGUUCGGUGUUCUGUAUGCCGAGUCCCGGUAUCCGCCCGUAGCCAACCUUGGGCUGGCGGCUUGCUUCCUUUGCACCUUCUUCCAGUACCAUGCUAUCCCCUUCUCCUUUCUGGGUGGGUGGGCCGUGUAUCUACGAGGGGGAGGACGCACGACCACGGAUAUCGACGUGACUGUCGAUAGCGCCAUGAACGUGCUGGAGCGAGCGCUGCAGACAGAGCAUCGCGUGUGCAUCCCCCAGACACAUGGCCAAACCAGCAUCCAGAUAUUCAUACACACCGGCGGCGACUGGGAUCGACAAUGGCCAAACACGAGCACAUACACCGUCAGUGCAGACGUCAUCAUAAGCGGCCACCUGGGAACGCCCAAUGACCUGCGCUACGGCUACGGAACCGAAGGGAUUCUGCCCAUUCCUGCCACCCCCCAUGGCUCCAAUUUUGUACCUGUCCUUUCUCUCUUCUACCAGCUCGCCGCCAAGUUUCAGGCCCACAGCUGGCGCCGUGGCGAGGCCGCCAGCGACUACGAGGACCUCAUCUUCCUCAUCGGCCAGUACCCCGAAGAGGUCUGGUCUCUGCACGCUCUGUUUGAUCGGAACCACCUGAACGUCUUCUGGACCGAUGUGGCUGCCACGCACGGUAGCAUGCACGAAUUCACGAAUUAUGUCGGCCGUCUGCUAGGACUAGCGGAGGACAGCGAAAAUGACGGGAGCACGACAUUGCUAUAG